AUGGGGAAGAACCGCGAGAUGCGCCUGACUCCCGUCUGCUGCUGUUGCCUCCUUUACCAGCUGGGGUUCCUGUCGAAUGGCAUCGUUUCAGGGCUGCAGCUCGCCUCCGACCUCGAGGAAUGGGAAGUCGUGUUUCCUGCACUCUGGCGCCGGGAGCCGCUGGACUCGGCCGGCGGCAGCGGGGGCAGCGCAGACCCGGGCUGGGUGCGCGGCGCAGAGGGCGGCGGAGGCCCCCGGGUGCAGGCGGCCGGCAGCUCACGCGAGGUGCGCUCGGUGGCCCAGGCGCCUCUGGAGGAAGCCGUGGAAGGCCAGUCUGGGUCCCGGCUCUGGCCCCCGCCGCCGCCGGGAGGUGAGGAGGACGAGGAGCUCGAGUCGCAGGAGCUGCCGCGGGGAUCCAGCGGGGCUGCCGCCCUGUCCCCGGGCGCCCCAGCCUCGUGGCAGCCGCUGCCUCCCCCCCAGCCGCCCCCGUCCCCGCCCCCGGCCCAGCCCGCGGAGCCGGAUGGCGACGAGGUGUUACUGCGGAUCCCGGCCUUCUCCCGGGACUUAUACCUGCUGCUCCGGAGGGACGGCCGCUUCCUGGCGCCCCGCUUCGCAGUGGAACAGCGGCCAAGUCCUGGCCCCCGCCCCACGGGGGCAGCGUCCACCCCGCGCCCUCCGGCGCCGCCAGACGCAGGCUGCUUCUACACCGGAGCUGUGCUGCGGCACCCCGGCUCGCUGGCCUCUUUUAGCACCUGUGGCGGUGGCCUGAUGGGAUUCAUACAACUCAAAGAGGACUUCAUAUUUAUCGAGCCACUCAAUGAUACAAUGGCCAUACCAGGUCAUCCACACCGUGUGUAUCGGCAGAAAAGGUCGAUGGAGGAAAAAGACCCAGGGAAGUCAGCUCUUCACAGUCAUUCCUGUGGUAUCAUUUCAGAUAAAGGAAGACCUAGGUCUAAAAAAAUACCAGAAGGUAGACGAGGGAAACGGUAUUCAUACAAAUUACCUCAAGAAUACAACAUAGAGACUGUAGUGGUCGCAGACCCAGCAAUGGUUUCCUAUCAUGGAGCAGAUGCAGCCAGGAGAUUCAUUCUAACCAUCCUAAAUAUGGUUUUUAACCUUUUCCAACACAAGAGUCUUGGUGUGCAGGUCAAUCUUCGUGUGAUAAAGCUUAUUCUCCUCCAUGAAACUCCAGCAGAUCUCUAUAUUGGGCACCAUGGAGAGAAAAUGCUAGAGAGUUUUUGUAAGUGGCAACAUGAAGAAUUUGGCAAAAAGAAUGAUAUACAUUUAGAGAUGUCAACAAGCUGGGGGGACGACAUGACUUCAGUGGAUGCAGCUAUACUCAUAACAAGGAAAGAUUUCUGUGUACACAAAGAUGAACCAUGUGAUACUGUAGGUAUAGCUUACUUGAGUGGAAUGUGUAGUGAAAAGAGAAAAUGUAUCAUUGCUGAAGACAAUGGCCUGAAUCUUGCAUUUACAAUUGCUCAUGAAAUGGGUCACAACAUGGGCAUUAAUCAUGACAAUGACCACCCAUCAUGUGCUGAUGGUCUCCACAUCAUGUCUGGUGAAUGGAUUAAAGGACAAAAUCUUGGUGAUGUUUCAUGGUCUCGAUGUAGCAAGGAAGAUUUGGAGAGAUUUCUCAGGUCCAAGGCCAGUAACUGUUUGCUACAAACAAAUCCUCAGAGUGUCAAUUCUGUGAUGGUUCCCUCCAAGCUGCCAGGGAUGACGUACACCGCUGACGAGCAGUGUCAGAUCCUCUUUGGGCCGCUGGCUUCCUUUUGUGAAGAGAUGCAGCAUGUUAUUUGCACGGGAUUGUGGUGCAAGGUAGAGGGCGAGAAAGAAUGUAGAACCAAGCUAGACCCACCAAUGGAUGGAACUGAUUGUGACCCUGGUAAGUGGUGUAAGGCUGGAGAGUGUACCAGCAGGACCUCAGCACCUGAACACCUGGCUGGAGAGUGGAGCCUGUGGAGUCCCUGUAGCCGAACUUGCAGUUCUGGGACCAGCAGUCGAGAGCGCAGAUGUCCUGGGUUAGGUUCUGAAGCGAGGGAUUGUAAUGGUCCCAGAAAACAAUACAGAAUAUGUGAGAAUCCACCUUGUCCUGCAGGUUUGCCUGGAUUCAGAGACUGGCAAUGUCAGGCCUAUAGUGUUAGAACUUCGUCCCCAAAGCAUGUUCUUCAGUGGCAAGCUGUCUUGGAUGAAGAAAAACCAUGUGCCUUGUUUUGCUCUCCUGUUGGAAAAGAACAGCCUGUUCUUUUAUCAGAAAAAGUGAUGGAUGGAACUUCUUGUGGAUAUCAGGGAUCAGAUAUCUGUGCAAAUGGAAGGUGCCAGAAAGUUGGCUGUGACGGUUUAUUGGGGUCCCUUGCGAGGGAAGAUCAUUGUGGUGUGUGCAACGGCAAUGGGAAGUCAUGCAAAAUCAUCAAGGGGGAUUUUAAUCACACCAGAGGAGCAGGUUACGUGGAAGUGCUGGUGAUACCUGCUGGAGCGAGAAGAAUCAAGGUUGUGGAGGAAAAGCCGGCACAUAGCUAUUUAGCUCUCCGGGAUGCUGGCAAACAGUCUAUUAAUAGUGACUGGAAGAUUGAACACUCUGGAACCUUCAAUUUAGCUGGAACUUCCGUUCAUUAUGUAAGACGAGGCCUCUGGGAGAAGAUCUAUGCCAAAGGUCCCACUACAACACCUUUACAUCUCCUGGUGCUCCUGUUUCAGGAUCAGAACUAUGGUCUUCACUAUGAAUACACUAUCCCACUGGAUCCUCUCCCAGAGAACCAGAGCUCUAAAGCACCUGAGCCCCUUUUCAUGUGGACACACACAGGCUGGGAAGAUUGUGAUGCUACGUGUGGAGGAGGGGAAAGGAAGACCACAGUGUCCUGCACAAAAAUCAUGAGCAAAAAUAUCAGCAUCGUGGACAACAAGAAAUGCAAAUACUUAACCAAGCCAGAGCCACAGAUUCGAAAGUGCAAUGAGCAGCCGUGCCAAAUGAGGUUUGGUCCCGUGUCUGUCACUCCAAUAUCUAUGAUCACAUCACAGUUAGACAAGGAAUCCCUGUGUUAUACUAUUCUCCAUAAUCUUCGAUCAUUCCUGAAACCACCUAUCCCCAGCACUACCUUUAGCUCCAGCUGGCCUCUGUGCUCAGUCAAGUGUGGCAAAGGCGUCCGUCACCGGACAGUGAGGUGCACGAACCCAAGAAAAAAGUGUGUGCUCUCUACCAGACCCAGGGAGGCCGAGGACUGUGAGGAUUAUUCAAAGUGCUAUGUGUGGCGAAUGGGUGACUGGUCUAAGUGCUCAAUCACCUGUGGCAAAGGAAUGCAAUCCCGAGUUAUCCAGUGCAUGCAUAAGAUCACAGGAAGACAUGGGAAUGAAUGCUUUUCUUCAGAAAAGCCUGCAGCGUACAGGCCGUGCCACCUUCAGCCCUGCAAUGAGAAGAUUAAUGUAAACACUAUAACGUCACCGAGACUGGCUGCUCUGACAUUCAAGUGCCUGGGAGAUCAGUGGCCGGUAUACUGCCGCGUGAUCCGUGAAAAGAACCUGUGUCAGGACAUGCGGUGGUAUCAGCGCUGCUGUGAGACCUGCAGGGACUUCUACGCCCAAAAGCUGCAGCAGAAAAGUUGA